AUGAGCUCAUGGAUGAAUAUGCAAAGACCGGCGCCGCCGAGACAUGUCGCUGCACCUCCAUCAUACAUGGCGAACGCCCCUGCACCUUUAGAGCAUGACUUGGGUGAAACGAGUCUGCCAGGCACAACGGCACCAAAUACAAUGAUAGGAACGGGAUUUGGUGAACCAGCAUAUGCGUCAGUACCCGCUACGGAAACGGAACCUCAGCAGAUGUCUGAUGUACAGAGAUGGACGGUCUCUCCUCAAGGGACGUUGGUCUCCCCAGAUAACAACUACCAAUACAACUGGGAUAAACCUGCUGACGAAAAGGCGGAGCCAUCCGCACCGUGGUACCGACGUAGAAAAUGGAUUACGUGCUUCAUCAUCACGGCCGUCUUGAUCUUGCUAUUGAUCAUCCUACUACCAAUCGUGUUUUUGGUCAUCAUCCCGAAAGCAAUUCAGGGAACACUUGAUAGUGCUGUGUUGACAUUCACUUCCGCAAGUAUCACGCAGCCAACUGCAACUACCUUCCGUUUGGAUUCCGUGCUGGGUAUCACAAACGCUGGCACCACCGACGCUACAUUGACAUACAAUGGACCCAUAGUAGUUAGCUAUAACGGAUAUCAAAUCUUUAAUCUUACCGUAAAUCCCGUCAACAUUCGUGGUGGAGGUGCAAACAUUACAAUUGGACAGACUGUUACCAUUUACAACACUACGCAGCUCGCAGCAUUCAAUCGGGACUUGUUGAAUAUGAAUGUAGUGAAUCUUCAAUUUACCGACUCGUUGUCGAUAGCAGCGGCUGGUCAAAGCUUCAAUAAUCUAGCAUUGGACAAGACUGUCCCAGUCAAUGGUUUGGGAGGACUUCAGAACGUGACCUUGAAUAACUUUAAUAUCGGUGCACCCACAACAGUCAAUGGCAGUAUCCCAAUAACUUCGUCGCUGACCCUUUCCAACCCAUCAAACUUUAAUGUCCAAGUCGGCGAUAUAUUAUUCGCACUGGCGCUUUCAGACAACACCACCAUAGGAACCGUCACAACCAAGAACGUCAGUUUGCAACAAGGCAAUAACUCCCUUAGUGCCGUAGGACAGAUCAACGCCGGUGCAAACAAUGUUACACCAUUGGCAAACUUGCAAUCGCUCUUCCAGGCCUUUGUAAAUGGUCAAGGGUUGACGGGGGUAGCGACUGACGUAACUAGUGGAGCUCCUCAAUGGCUCAAGAGUGCAAUCGUUGGCUUGAAGCUCAACUUGAUGGCUCCAGGGGGCAGUGAUUCCUUGAUCCAGUCAGUGGAAUUUGGAGGUGGAGGUCUUGGAUUGAGUUUCAACGCCGCAGCACCAUAUGCUCCACAACUCACAGUUGGUGGGAUUGUAGCAGGGCUAUCUCCUGAUUUCAAGUUUAAUGUCAAUUUCACUGCUAUCGAGCAGAAUCUGACUCUGGCAUACCAAGGUGUCAACAUGGCCGUCAUUAACAGUACUAGAACACCUGCCAGUGGAUCUGGUACUGGCGGCCAGCUCACAACCAGCAUUGCAAGUGCACUUCAGGUCAUCUCUGGUCAAGAGAAGACCUUCCAGAAUUUCUUAUCGGCCGUAUUCAAUGGCGCUGCCUCAGAUAUGGUACCCGUGAAUAUUAAAGGGCUUGCAAAUGUUUAUGCGUCUACUCCGGCUGGUAUCGUAUCUGUUCCUGGAGUGCCUAUUACAACAACCUGGAGUAUGGGUGGCUUCGGAUCUCUUAAUGAUGUCACUGUAACAACACCUCCAACAAUCACCAGCGCAGAUGCUGCAACUGGUGUCCUUUUGAAUGUCCCAAUCCUACUCAACAAUCCUUCAACGGUAUCCUUCUCCGCCGGGGCAAUCAGCUUGAACUUGGUAUCCGGUGGUCAAGUCAUUGGCUCUCUAACGAUCCCAGGUUCAACUGUCAUCAAGCCUGGAGCGAAUAAUAUCGUAACGGUAGCCAAUUAUCACCCUUUGACGGAUGCCGCAAAAGCAGCUGGUGUGAACUUCCUCGGGUCCUUCAUAUCGAAUACUGCUUCAUCUGUUACGGCACAAGGAUUUGCUAACAGUACCAACGUUGCAAGUCUUGUGCCCGUUUUCUCUGGUGUAUCUUUCAGUUCGUCGCUACCUGCUCAGACCGGUGAAUUAUUGGCAAAUUCACAAGUAAACGUAGUCUCGAUAUUCCCUCCUGCCUUGUCAAUCACGUUGUACGCAAACAAUUAUUAUCCUAUCCCUGUAACAAUCACUCAUCUGGUCUCGGUUAUUACCCAAGGAUCGACCACGUUGGCCACAAUCGACUCGGCUAUGACUUGGACCAUUCCAGCAAAUGCUAGAAACGCUGCAAGCCCGGCAUUCCCAUUAAACGCUACAGCUGAUGGCGUUUUCGCUUUCAUCACCUCGGGUGGCACUGUAUCAGCUGUUGCUUCAAACAAGGUCACAAUGACCUUGAAUACAUAUCCAGCGGGAACAAUCCCCUUCACGCAGUCAGUUAGCUCAAGUUUUACCUUGAGAUAA